CUUUAAUUAUGGGCUCAGUGUCAAGGAUUAAGAUAUCAUUGUUUAUAUAUCAUGCUCCUCUACCCCGCAGCUGGGUCAGGUUGUAAACAUCUUCUUGCUAUUUUAGCCUCUGCCUCCCCUCGCAUUGGAACAACCCUCUCGUUACUCUCGCGCCACUGGCCUGCCUGUAUUACCGACCGAACCCUCCAUCUCGUCGAAUUGCUGCCGUUCCCCGCCGAGGAUACUCCACCUACGACCCAAGAUGCCAGAAUUGAAGCCUUACAGAGGGGAUUAUUACCUCUGGCGUUACAUCCCAUCGACACCAGCUGCAGGCAUAUUCACAGCCUUGUUCGCCUUGGGAACCGCCUACAUAGCAUGGCGCAUGUUCAAGAGCCGUGCAUGGUUCUGCACCGCCUUUGUUAUCGGUGGCCUCCUUGAGCUCGUCGGCUACGCCGCUCGGGCAACGGCCAGAGACCAAACCGAGAAGCUCAUGCCUUAUGUCAUCCAGAGCACCUUCAUCCUCGUCGCACCAGCCCUUUUCGCCGCGUCGGUAUACAUGGUUUUGGCUCGCGUGAUUCGGAGUGUCGGCGCUGAAUCGCUAUCCAUCGUUCCCUUGAAGUGGCUCACCAAGAUCUUUGUCAGCGGCGACAUUCUAUCUUUUGUUGUUCAAGCCAGUGGCGCUGGGGUCUUGGUUACCGCUGAUUCAAUGAAGAUGGGGGAGAACAUUAUCCUGGGGGGACUAUUUGUCCAAAUCAUCAUGUUUGGGCUAUUCGCCACAACAGCGGCCAUGUUCCACGUCAGGAUCCGGCGGCAGCCCUCGGCAGCAUCUCUUGAUGAAAAGUCCACCUGGAAGAGCACAAUGUUGAUGCUUUACGUUGUCAGCGCCUUGAUCAUGGUACGUUCGAUUUUCCGCGUUGUGGAGUAUAUAAUGGGGUAUGAUGGCUAUCCACUGCGUAACGAGUGGACUCUUUAUGUCUUUGACGCAGUUUUGAUGUUUGGGGUUGUCGUGGCGUUUGCGUGGAGAUUCCCUGGUAACUUUCGUCUUGAGGAGACGAGUGAGGUUGAGAUGGAAACAAGAGAUGGGAGAGUGGAGAGACCUCCGUACGUGUAAAUAGGUAGUAAGAUGCUGGGAGAUCAAUUCAUUAAGAACGUG